AUGCCUCAGACCGAUAAGCAAAUAUGCAUUCCGCCGGAGCUGCCGGAAUUGCUGAAGCAAUUUACCAAAGCCGCGAUCCGGACCCAGCCACCCGAUCUCAUCCAGUGGGCUGCGGAUUAUUUUGGGGCUAUGUGCCGCGGAGAGAUUCCUUCAGUGAGAGAGCGAUCUGAGCCAGUCCCUUCGUCUAACUGGGCAGAGCUUACACCUGAGCUGUUGAAGAUCCUGCAUGCGAGGGUUGGUGGCAGACUGAUUGUCCAUGUCGAAGAGCUGGCCCAAAUGUGGAAGGUGCUGAGUCUCCCAACAGAACUGUUUAAUAGUGUGAUGAAUGUGGGCCGCUUCACGGAGGAGAUUGAGUGGCUGAAGUUUUUAGCCCUUGCUUGCAGCUCUCUUGGUGUUGUAACACCCCCUUCUCCUAGAAUAGCCUUCACCACCUCCUGUUCUACUGAGACCAAUUUUAUAAAAGAAGAGGUUGUAAUUGGUCCUGAUGGUUUAAUCAAGGUGGUUGACUUUACUCAAAACCCAAGGGUUCGGCUGGAGUAAAAGCACAAUUUUGGAGAUGAUUGUGCUUCAGAAUAGCUGAACCCCACACACCAUCCGAUGACCAUUUUCUUGUACUACUGGUACACACUAAUAAAC